AUGCUGGUUGAUGGCACGAUCAGCAGCUACGGCGUCAUUUUCAACGGCAUGCAGAAGGACCCCUAUUUUGGCCAGGCCAACUUCACAGAAAGCCAGUUGUCCUUGCCAGGUGCAAUCCAGGCCUGCCUUAUGGUCACAUCUAGUGAGUUCUGUUUCUUCAGUACUUUCUACUUCAGCCCCUGUCUUGCAUAG